GCUCUCCGUUGCCUACCACAUGGUCCGCUCCCUACUUUUUCCCACCAAACCCAGGAAGCCGAAUCAGAGACGUGUAAACUUGACCUUACUAGGAUGAGAUGAUCGGGGACAAUCACAAGUGGCUCCCAAAUAAACGAAUAACGAGUCCAGCUGAACGGCGCGGCUCCAAGUCUUAGGAGACCGAUGACGGCGCCGCAGACCCACCCCUUAGGGCAAAAGAGCCACCAAUCCACGCAGGCGAGCUCAUAUGAAACGAAGUAGUUCCCUCCCUGGUGCGUUGAGGAGCGAGUGAAGUGCAGUUCUUCCUGUGUGCGCGCUGCGGACGCUGAGGGGUUAAACAGUCGGAGUAUCCGCCUGGGCCGGCUGGGAACACGUCCCCCCCCAGCCCGCGCACUUCCCGGUCUUCAGUCGGUAGAGGGUUCAGAGUCACCCCGGCCUUUACAGACUGAUGCAGGCGGCUGGAAAACUCAUGAAGGUUUUCGUGACGAGGCGCAUCCCGCAGGAGGGGAUGAAGAUCCUGGCGGCGGCCGAGGGGUGCGAGGUGUCUCUGUGGGACUCGGACGAACCUGUGCCGAGAGCAGAGCUUCUCAGAGGUGUGCAGGGGGCCCAGGGUCUUCUGUGUCUGCUGUCAGACAAGAUCGAUGUUGAGGUUCUGGAUGCUGCAGGACCAAACCUAAAAGUAAUCAGCACCCUGUCCGUGGGAUUUGACCACUUGGCUCUGGAUGAAAUAAAAAGACGUGGCAUACGCGUCGGAUACACUCCGGAUGUGCUGACUGAUGCCACCGCUGAACUGACAGUAGCUCUGCUGCUGGCCACCGCUCGCAGACUACCAGAGGGAGUGGAGGAGGUCAAAAAUGGUGGCUGGAGCUCAUGGAAGCCUCUCUGGCUGUGUGGUUACGGACUUACCGGCAGCACAGUAGGAAUCAUUGGACUGGGACGCAUUGGUAUGGCCAUUGCUAAGAGACUCAUGCCUUUUGGAGUGAAGAGGCUGCUGUACUUUGGGAGAACAGCCAAGGCCCACGCCGCAGAGGUGAAUGGAGAAUUUGUUCCCCUGGACACGCUUGCGUCGGAGAGCGACUUCAUAGUUGUUUCCUGCUCCCUGACGCCCGAAACCCAGGGGCUGUGUGACAAGGCCUUCUUCAGCAAGAUGAAGAACACUGCAGUCUUAGUCAACUCAAGCAGGGGGGUUGUGCUGAACCAGGAGGAUCUGUACGAGGCUUUGAGCAGCGGACAGAUAGCUGCAGCUGGAAUGGAUGUCACAACACCUGAGCCACUCCCAACAAACCACCCCCUUCUUACACUAAAAAACUGUGUGGUGUUGCCGCACAUCGGCAGUGCCACCUAUUCAACAAGAGGUGUCAUGUCAGAGUUGGCAGCAAGAAACCUGCUGGGUGGUUUAAGAGGCACAGAAAUGCCCAGUGAACUCACCUUCUAGAGCCUGAAACGGAGCCGCUGUGCCUACUGCCUCCUCCGGUGCUGCGUGGAUUUCAGUGAACAGUCACGCUAUACUAGACUGGUCCUACGGAAAAUUGCAUUUGAGCUGUAGAAACCUUUUCUCAUUUGCAAGUUAAAAUGUUAAAAUUCUAAUGAUAAUGCUCCAUGUCCACUGUUAGUAAACAUGACAACACUCCAGCUUUGUGUGAAAUGGGAUUUUUCUGAAGAAUAAAAACCUAUAAUUUGGU